GUAUAGAUAACUGUAACUGUACAGUACCAAAACGAAUUCAAAAAGUGCCAAAAAUAUUACACUAUGUAUAUGUUAAUGAAGAUCAAGAAUACUUGCCCUUUACCUUUACCCGUUGGCUUGCUAUGACUUCAGCGAUUGAGACUAUUAAACCAGAAAAAACCUAUUUCCAUUGUAUUUACGAACCAAAAAGCUACUGGUAUCAACUCAUUAAACCUAAAUUAACUGUUAUGCCAACUCGAAUAGUCACCGAAAUUUUCGGAAACCCUGUAAAAGUUAUUCAGCAUAAGUCAGAUAUUAUACGGAUGGAAGUGUUACGGGACUUUGGUGGCAUUUAUCUCGAUCUUGAUGUAAUAGUCUUUCAACCAUUCGAUGAUCUUCUCUAUGAUGAUUUUACUAUGGCCCUUGAGCAUAAUAUUGAACCAACUCUCGGUAAUGCAGUAAUUAUCGGCAGGCCAUUUGCUCCUUUUCUUACCAGAUGGAUACAAGGAUAUAAAGAUUUUAACGACAAUGAAUGGUUCCGUCAUUCAACUCGGUUGCCUUACCUUAUAUCAGAAGAACAUGGUGAUGAUAUUCAUGUUUUAAACACAACAGCAUUUUUUUGGCCGACUUGGAUUGGAGAGCAUCUGAA